CCCCCGAAGGGGGCAGGGGUCUCUAGGUCGCUUCCGGGAACCAGGCCGCGCUUCCGGGAACCAGGCUGCGCUUCCGGCCGCGAGCGCCUUUCUGCUCCGCUUGGGACCCCGCGCCAGGCAGUUGCGGCUGGGACCUCCUACCUGGGCUGCCGGUCAAAGAGCAGGAAGCAGCGAUGUCUGCCAUGGGUCCUGCAGCUCCACACCUGCAUCGCCCUGGUGACAGUCACAGUGGCUGCAUGAGUUUCCUGGGCGCCCAGCUGCCUCCAGAGGUGGCAGCAAUGCCCCAGCUCCUGAGGGACCUGGACAGGGGCACAUUCAGAAAGUUGCUGAAGCUGGUGGUCAGCAGCCUGCAGGGGGAAGACUGCCGUGAGGGUGUGCAGCGCCUCGGGGCUGGCGCAGACCUGCCUGAGGAGCGGCUGGGUGCCCUGAUCGCUGGCACACACACCCUGCUCCAGCAGGCCCUCCGGCUGCCCCCGGCCAGCCUGAAGCCCGAUGCCUUCAAGAACCAGCUCCAGGAGCUCUGCAUCCCCGAAGACCUGGUCGUGGACUUGGCCAGUGUGGUGUUUGGGAGCCAGCGGCCUCUCCUUGACUCUGCGGCCAGGCAGCAGGGGGCCUGGCUGCCCCAUAUUGCUGACUUUCGGUGGAGGGUGGACGUGGCCAUCUCCACCAGCGCCCUGGCCCGCUCCCUGCAGCCAAGCGUCCUGAUGCAGCUGAAGCUCUCGGAUGGGUCGGCCCUCCGCUUCGAGGUCCCCACGGCCAAGUUCCAGGAGCUGCGGUUCGGUGUGGCCAUGGUCCUGAAGGAGAUGGCUGACCUGGAGAAGAGGUGCGAGCGCAAACUGCGGGACUGAGCCUUGCUCGCCAGUCCCCUUCUGGUCACCGGGGAUAGCUGGCUCAGACAGGUGUCUCCAGAGCAAAGGCCGCCCUUCCCAGGAGGCACUCCAGUGAGUGUUUGAGUAUAAUCGUGCAUUUCUCUAAGUGAAGAAGACAGCUGUGUCUUUCCCUCUUUUUGGAAGUAAAGCAGCUACACAAAAUAUGUUCUCCUGGGUAGGCAUCAAACUGCAGGCCCCGUCCCCCCAGCUGUCAGUUGGUCUUGUUGCCAGGUAAGGGUACCCACUGCUCCGGUGUGGCCAUGUGUGGUCUAGUCACAGUCUGGGGUCCAGGCCAAGGCCUUUGUGAGGACACAGAGGUUGCUCAGGCUGCCCCCACCUAACGACUGAGCUCUUGCUCCUGUGAUUUGGGGAACCCUGUGCUUCAGGGUGCACAUUUCAUUCCCCUGUCUUAAAUCCCUGACCUUAUGGAGAGCAUUCUAGUGGGGCGAGGGAGGCAUUACGAAGUGCAUAAUACAAACAAGUGGUGUAGCUCGUGGGAGGAUGGGAAGUGGCGCAGGAGGUAGAGCAGCCUUUGGAGACGGGGGGCAAGGCUGUGGGAGAACUGGGCUGUCAUUUUAAAUUGGGUCGUGGGGGGACCUCCCUGGUGGCCCAGUGGUCAAGUGGUCAAGUGGUCCCCUUCCAACGCAGGGGACGCGGGUUCGAUCACUGGUCGGGGAACUAAGAUCCCA